AUGGUCCACGCAUACUCGAUGCCGGGCAAGAAGAGCCAGCAUUGCUGCGAGAGCAACUCGGACAACAUAUUGGGUCUCAAUCCGUCGCAGCGACUGGUGCUGAACGCCAUGGUGAAGCCGCUCCGAGACCUCGCAGGCUUCCAGCCCGAGCAGCGUCACUUGCUGCUGGAAAACAAUCAUUCACGAGGCGCCUUUCUCUUGCCCCAUGCCUUCUGGGACGAUCCCGCAUAUGAUCCGGACGACAUGGACGGCGUGCAGGCAUUGUUCAUUGCCCAGGUCGGCUGUGGCAAUAAGGACUGCGGCCACCAGGCCAACUGUGGCGCUGGGUUUGCGCAUUGCCUCCUCGUGAAGGGCAACGAGACUGGCCGGAUCCGCACUUGCCGCAGACUGGGAGUGGCACAGUGCUACUCGGGCGAGUUCAUAAGCGGCGCCACGAGAGUAUUCAUCACUUUAGUAUAA